UUAAAAAGCAAAAUAUCAUCACCGAACCAACCACAACAAUAUAUCAAACAAAAACUUCAUCAUCAUCUCUCUUUAACACACUCAUUCUAAUUCCAACAAAUUUAACAACACCCACUUCGCUAAAGAUGGAAGAUCACCUAAUUGUACGUGUUGAUAAGGACGAGGCACCAAAGGAGGUUGAGACAUUAGGGGCGAUUACAAAGGCUUCGAGUAGUCAUGCUGAUUUGCCUGCUGAGACGAAGGAAGGCAAAGAAUAUGACUCGUCUAGUGAAGAAGAGCCAUUGAUUCAGUCGAUUGAAUGCCGAAUUUGCCAAGAGGAAGAUAACAUUAAAAAUCUUGAAGUUCCAUGUGCUUGCAAUGGCAGCCUCAAGUUUGCUCAUAGGAAAUGUGUACAAAGAUGGUGCAACGAGAAAAAGGAUAUAAUUUGUGAAAUCUGUCAUCAGCCUUACAAAUCUGGUUAUACCGCCCCUCCACCUCAGUCCGACGAUACUGUAAUUGAUAUCAGUGGCGGUUGGACUCUUGCUGGUACACCUUUAGACUUGAAUGAUCCUCGAGUCUUGGCUAUGGCGGCUGCUGAGCGCCGUCUGCUUGAGACUGAUUAUGAUGAAUAUGAAGAAAGCAGUGCCAGUGGGGCUGCAUUAUGUCGCUCUAUUGCUAUCAUAUUGAUGGCUCUUCUGCUGUUGAGGCAUGCUCUGACUAUUGGAGAUGGUGAUAGUGAUGAUGAUGACGAUCCUACCACCUUUUUUGCUCUUUUCCUGCUUCGGGCAGCUGGGUUUCUCCUUCCUUGCUACAUAAUGAUAUGGGGAAUCAGUCUGUUGCAGCGACGUAGGCAAGCACAGGAAGUGGAAACUCUGGCAGCAUCAGAUGUUGCAUUCAUGAUUCAGGCAGGGCAACAUAGAGGCUUGCAGGUCACCAUUGCACCAGGACCCACCAUGGCACCACCGCCUACAGUCAUACCGGUACCUGCCCAAAUUCCAUCCCAUGAGCCAUUACAAUAGUAUAUACAUAAACAUAAUGUUAUCUGUAUGAACUUGAAAUUUGAGGGGUUAUGGCCUGCGUUUGAGUUAUGUAUCCAGGCUCCAUUGUGUCUUAAAACCUUUACCAAGUGAAUUCUUUUCUUGUAUCGAGUCUGUACAUCGACUCUUUGAAUAUGUACAUAGGCCAUGGUGACUAUAUAUGAUUAUUUUUCAUAUUCA